AUGUCUUCAUACGAGCAAUUCAUCUCGUUCGGGGUAGAUGCCUUCGGGAUUGAGCGCUUCUUGCGGGGUGUCCAGGCUACAUGCCAGAUAUUCGCCAACACCCCUGCCGCCGCCUCCCUAACCAACAUUCCUAUCAGCGAGUUUAUCGCUUUCGGCGCCACCCUGAACCUCGCCCGCCGCUUCAUCCGCACCUGGCGCUUCCUCGACUGCUUCUCUACGUCGCAGGCCCUGUACAACGGUUCCAGCGGGCCGACCCUCGAGCUCUGGCUUGACAUCACCCGCCUCAGCCUCUUCGGCAUCUACGGCUUGCUGGAGACCGCGACCUUGCCCGACCUGUCCGGCGUGACCGGUUUUGGCCCCCAGAUGACCAAGCAGAUCAACCUCGAAGCGCAAAAGUUCUGGUUCGCGGCCCUCGCCUGCGGGAUCGUCGCCGGCGCGUCGAGGCUCCUGAGCCUCUACGCGCACGCCCCUGUCCCUCAAGCCGACGAAGUGUACGACCUCGCUGAUGGUGCUGGCGACGGCAAGGAUGAGAAGAAGGCGGCUGAGGCUCGGUUGAAGAAGAAGCAGCAAGGGGAAGAGGAGAGGGCGCAAAGAGCCGCCGCAAAAGCUUCCGUGUUGCGGAAGACGGCCGUCGACGCUAUCGAUAUGGUGAUUCCCUCGUCGGUUUUGCGCUGGAUAGCUGUCGAUACGGCUACCGUGGGCUGGGCUAUGCUCCUAUCUACAUUUCUGUCGGGGUACGAUGUUUGGGCACGAUGCGGUGUCCAACUUCGACAGGCGAAGGCGGCCAAGGCUCCCAUGGCUAAAGUCUCCAAGUCUUGA